CGCCCAGCUAACGUAAGCGUUGUUAGUAGGAAGAAGAAGCCGAUUCUGGAAGCCAUUACGUUGCGCACAUCAAUUGAGUAAAUCCUACUAUUUUUGCGUACAAUACGCACAAUUAUCUCUCCAAAAGAGGAAUUUCUUCAAUUAUGGCAUCGGUCGCGAAAAAGAGAAAAAUGAAUUUCUCGGAGAGAGAGGUGGAAAUUAUUGUAGAAGAAAUAGAGAAACAAAAGCAUACACUGGUUAACCACUUCAAUGCUGGAGUCACCCACAUGGCAAAGAAUAACGCAUGGGUGGAUAUCCUGAAAAAGGUGAACGCUGUCACCACCUGUCCCAGAGAGUUGCCCGAGGUGAAAAAGAAGUGGUCUGACAUGAAGACGGAGGUUCGGCGGAAAGUGGCCCAGGCGCGAGCUGCUAUAGAGGGAACCUCCGCUGACUGCACUCCAGUUCCCGUCAUCCUCACUGCUAUGCAGCAGAGGAUCUGUAACCUCCUGGGUGAGGCCACCAUCAUCAGCUUACCUGCAGGAGACUCGGAUGCUGAGAUAACUUUACCUGUGACAGUGAACACUGCCACCACGGUCACACUAGCAGAAACUCUUCCAGCUGGGUCAGAUACAGUCUGUGAUGAAGCAAAGCCACUUAAUGCCGAAACAGCUUACCACACUUUAGAGGAUGGAGGCGUGGUGGAGUACUGCACCACCACAGUAAGUGAUUCCGCUCCCACUGUUGUGACAGCUGUUGAAGCUCCGGUGGAGAUGCUGGCCUCGUCCUCAGCAUCCCCGCCUCCACCUCAGGGUCAGGCCAAACCUCAGGAGCUGAAGAGUCGCAUCGCCCUCAACUCGGCGCGUCUGCUGCAGGAGCAGAGAGUCACCAAUGUUCACAUUCGACAGAUCGCUCAGCACCUGGAGGGCCAGAAUGAGCUGCUGCAGAUGAUGAGGCGCUCCCAGGAGGCCCAGGCAUUUGCCCAGGAACGACAGGCUCAGGCUCUGGAAGGUACCCAGGCUGCACUGCUUGCAUUAGUGCAGAUGCUCAGGCCUGCUCUCAAAGACCUGCGCAAAUUCCUGCAGAGUGGGACUGAAGUUGCUAAUCCCAGCAGCUCAGCAGCAGGAGUGACAGCAGAUGGCAUCAUAACAGAGGAGCAGAGCAGGCCCAGAACACCUCCACCUCUGCCACAGCAAGCUGAAGAGACACAGUAGACAAUGUGUGUGUGUGUGUGUGUGUGUGUGUAUAUGGCUUUGCCUCGUGUCUGCAUUGCACAGAGAGGAGUCCAUGCACAGAGACUUCAGAGAACAAUGAUUUUGUCAAAAGUUGCCUUAGGGAGAGCAUGUACAGAAUUUUACAUAUGUUUUAUGAUUUGACACGGAAGCUAUGAAAAGGUUGAGAGCAUUAUUUUUACUGUCAUUAAGUAUUAGUGAGAUUGUUAUUUAAUAUGUUGGAUUUGAUAUUGAAAUUAUGUUUUUAAUGUUCAGAGGCCAUAGGCCAUCACCCUGAUGUGGGAUGAAUUCAUUCUCAGUUUCUUCCAAGUCAUCCUGUAAUUUAGCCUGGAUGAAGGUUAAAAAGUCCAGAGUGAGAAUAUGACAUCAGAGUCAGCUGGGGUCAGCAGUUAUUGUGCACCACAUCUGAACUGAAUAAAAUGUGAGGAAAAAAACA